CAAGAUGUUUAGUUUUAAAUGGUCAGAGCUAGUGCAGAGUAAAAUAGACACUCAGUUUCGAAAAAAAAGUUUCUUAAAUGUUUAACUCCAUGAUAUAUAUCCCCGUAUGUUUAAUUUCAAUUUCGUUUUUCAUUCGUAACCAUCAACUAUUAUAAAUGUAACAUGAGAAAUUGUACGGAAAAUGGUUUUUUUAAAAAUAUAAAAUAAUUUUUUUAACAAAAAUUUUAGUUUUUAUAAAAAAAAAUGUUUUAAAUAGUGUUUGUUGUUCUAUGAUCUGUGAUUCGAUUCUUUAUUGGUUUUACAAUAAAAAAUUCAGAUUUUUUUUAAUGUGCCAGAAAAUUGCAAAAUUUAUCGCUAUAUGGACACUGCGAACGUUGUUUUAAAUAAAUAAAUAAAUAAAAAUUAAAGAGAAAAAACAAACCAACAACAAAGUUUACUAUACAUUAGGCCAUAUGUAACAAAAUAAUAAAAAAAAUCACUUUUAUUAUUUAAAGAAAAAUAUGCGAUCGAACAUAAGUGUAUUGUCACUUGCGGUAAUUAUCGUAUGUGGUAUUGUUUAUGCUGAAGCAUCUUUGUCUGGCUUUUAUGUAGACAAUGGCAUUGAUCAAACUGUGAUGCAUCGUAUGCUAAAUGGUGACGACACACAAGAAGUAGAACAUGAACUGCUCGAAUUACUCGGAUUACCCGACCGACCGCGGAAAAAGAAUUUGCAUCCGUCAAUGAGGAAAUCAGCACCAAAAUUUCUGUUGGAUGUGUACAAACGCUUAAACGACGAAUCGAAUGGAAUACUGAGUCGGCCUGUCCGUAGUAUAGAAUCGGAUGAAAAUCUCAUCACCAGCAUAGACAAGGAAGCAAUCGAAGAAAGUGACAUUAUCAUGACUUUCCUCAAUAAAAAAAAUCACGUGGCAGAAGUGCGACAUGAACGGGGACGUAAACUUUGGUUUGAUGUAUCGGAUGCAUCGAAGGACGCAACAUUGUUGAUGGGCGAACUCAGAAUUUAUCAAAAUCCGAAUCUAGGAAAGUGGAGGAAUGAGACGAAAGAAUUUGCGAUAACAGUGUACGCAAUCACCAAGAAUGAUGGUGAACGUGAACUACUGAUGCUAUCAACAGCCAACACAACCUCUGAUUAUCAUGGCUGGCUAGAGAUGAGCGUAACCGAAGCUGUUGAAAAAUGGUUGUCAGAUAGUAGCAGCAACAAAGGUCUAUACAUCAGUGCACAUGCCAUUAAUAAGCCAGAACAUGAAGUUCGUUUGGAUGAUAUUGGUUUGGUGAAUAUCAAAGGAAAUGACGAAUAUCAACCGUUUAUGGUUGGAUAUUUCAAAGGUCAAAAUAUUGUGAAGCCUACGAGGCUUCUUCGAUCGAAACGUAACGCAUCGAAGCGUCGAAAAAAGUCUGAAAUGCGAAAUCCGCUGAUUGAACAUAGACUAUUGGAGAACCAUAAGAGUUGUCAAAUACAAACGCUGUAUGUUAGCUUUAAGGAUUUAAAUUGGCAGGAUUGGAUUAUUGCACCGGACGGAUAUGGUGCUUUUUACUGCAGCGGUGAAUGUAAUUUUCCGUUAAACGCUCACAUGAACGCAACAAAUCACGCAAUCGUACAAACGCUGGCACAUUUAAUGCAACCAAUGAAGGUACCAAAACCAUGUUGCGCGCCAACAAAACUCAGUGCCAUAUCGGUAUUAUAUUUCUUGGAUGAAGCGAACGUUAAUUUAAAAAAGUACAAAAAUAUGGUCGUGAAAAGCUGUGGUUGCCAUUGAAAUUGGUAUUCUUUUUCCUACUCAUUUGUACAGUGCGAUAUGAAUUCAAUAAAAUCAUGAUCGGAGGUCAGUCUGAAAUUAUAAAAU